CAUUGGGAGGUCCUUGAGGUCCUAAAAUUUGGUUAAGUUGGUCUAUCUUUUAAAUCUUGUAUAGGACUUUUCUACCAAAUGAAAGAAUUAAGUAAUCAUUUUAGAUAGGUGUUAAUACUUUUCAUUUGACUCCAAAUACUUCUACGCUAUUAUUUUUGAUAAUUUACUUCCUUUCAUUUUUUUUUUAAAUUACUUCAUCUUACCCCAGUCUAUAUUUGGAACUAAUGCUGUACUGUUAUCCAGCGGUACUCUAUUUCCAGAGCGUCUGGAAAAACAAUUGCGAACCAAUUGUUUGUGAUACCCUGUUGAAUUAUGUUCGAUUCUUAGAUGUUGAAAUAUGGUAACGCGUUCAUUCCGUAAGUACUAAAAAAUAGUUUCAAAAACACAUAAUAUUACGUACGUAUUACAUUUAUCAUUGAUUCUACUUAAUAUACUUAAACUACUUGGUUGAUUUGUGUUGCAUACACAAUUACCUAAAAAGACUCUUGUAGAAAGUAAAAUAACUUGAAAAUUUAUAACUAACUUGAUUUUACUUGAAUCAUGCUUUUAUAUAUCCAUUUUUCUGAAUUAUACAAAUGAUAGCAGUAUUCAAGUAUAUCUUGUAAAAUUUAUGAAUUUUGCUUGUAAAAACUUCUACUAGGGUGUAUGCACAUAUAUUUAUAUUGAUUGCUUGGAAGUGAGAGUAACACUGGAGUUUCAUCUGGAUUUUUUCCAGUACACAUUAAAAUGAAGUCCAUUUUUUGCUUUAUUCCAAGACUACACAUGUUGAACUACCCUUGAUCUGUUGCGUGCUUGGGUGAGUAGAGCGUUUCUUGAAAAACAAAAUGUUUAAAGAUUAUUCAUAUUCAACUGCCAAAAUCAGAUUCUCUAAACCCAAGAGAGAAAAGUUAUGAAACACUAAAACUUUCCGUGAGUAUGAGUGACUACAGAAGAGAGAGUUCAAUUUAUUUUGUUUUGCUCGCAGAAGCGUAUAGAAAAAGGGAGGCACUGACUGUAAGUAAAGCUUCACAAACUGCCAAAAGUUGGGAUAAAUUUCUUCAUUUUUACGAUUGAUACAUCAACUAGAUUUUUUUUUAUGCAAGUGAAAUAGAAUCUUUUUAACUGAUAUUUUGACUUUAUGUUGAAUACAUUUUUUACUUAAAUUUAGAACUUUGGCAAUUUGUGAAAGAAACCGUCAAAGUAGGUGGAAGAAAGGGAUUUGGCUCUAUGGAUAAAACAGCAGAGCGAGGUUUUUAUCGUACGUAUAAAUUGAAAAAACUUUUUAGAAAUCCAUAUUUAUAUUCGGAAUUGUUGUAAUUACUUGGUUACCAAGCAAACGAUUGAAAAUCGAAAAGAAUAUUUUGAUUCACUUCUGCUAAGUCAUUGUUUUAAAUUGAUGAAAUAUAAAACUUAAGGUUGUGCUGAUGCGUGUAAUUCAUCGUUGUUCAUCUCUCAAUGUCAGACGUCGCAGGGGGUAGCUACUCUGUAAGUGAGUCCAAACCAACAUACUAUCAUUAUAGAAAGUUAAUAAUUUGUUAUUUCUUUUUAUUUUAUUAAUAAUUAAACUCUCUUGAUUUAAUUUUUUUAUUACUAUUACCUGUAUGUUAAAUGAUAUGAUGAUUUAACUGCAAAAAAAUGAAGCAGUUUUCAUCGGGCAUGAGUUCAAUGAAAUAUAUUAAUACUUAAAUUUAUCUGGAGAGCAGUAAAACUUAUUUUACAAAAAAUCAGAUGGGCUCUCUUAUUUCCUGUGUAUAGGAGCAAUGUCUCUAUCAAUUUAUUGACUUUUAUUCAAAAGUUCAACCAUAAGCAGAUUCAACCGCACAGCCUUUCAAAUUCACUACAAUAGGUUCUGUUUAACCAGUGUGGAAGACUUUUGCCGAAGACACAAAUGCCUUUCGCAUGGACUUGGGAGAAUGUCCUCAAAUUCACGACUUGGCAUUGCGUGCUGACUAUGAGAACGCGCAGAAGAAGAAAGAUCACUUUUAUGACAUUGACGCCAAUGAACACUUGAAAAACUUCAUAGCCGACUGCGAUCGUCGUACUGAGCAAGCCAAGCAGCGACUAGCUGAAACACAAGAAGAGCUAAGUGCUGAAGUAGCCGCCAAGGCCAAUAGCGUUCAUGUUUUGGCUGAAGAGAUCGGUAAAAAACUGGCAAAAGCUGAACAAUUGGGCGAAGAAGGCUUCGUAGAAGAAUCAAUGAAGCUCAUGGGUGAAAUUGACGAGCUGCGUAAAAAGAAAAAUGAUGCUGAACAAGAGUACCGUAACAGCAUGCCGGCAUCGUCAUAUCAACAACAAAAGCUCCGAGUUUGUGAAGUGUGCUCGGCUUAUCUGGGAAUUCACGACAAUGACCGUCGUUUGGCGGACCAUUUUGGUGGCAAAUUACAUCUUGGCUUCAUUAAAAUCCGUGAAAAACUUGCCGAACUGGAAAGUACCAUGGAGAAACGUAGAAAAGAGAGACGAGAAAUUCAAGAUCGCGAACGUGGAGGAAGCAGGUACAGGAGUCGAAGCAGAAGUCGUAGUCGAGGUAGGGACAGAAGCAGAGAACGGCGAGACAGAGAUGGCAGAAGGGAUAGAAGCAGGGACAGAAGAGAUAGAGAUAGGGAUAGGGAAAGAAGAGAUAGAGAUAGAAGAAGGUCCAGAGAUAGAAGGAGGGCAUCUAGGUCAAGGAGUCGUAGUCGUGAUAAGAGAAGGUCUAAGCGUUCUCGCAGCAGCAGUCGUAAUAGAAGAUCACGCUCUCAUCGCAGUGGCUCCAACGACCGCAAAAAAUAAUUUCAAAGAUGUCCUUUCAUUAACGUACAAAACAUCGUACGGUUAUUCUUACCUAAUUUAUAAUAUUUAAUAUAUGAUAAAUGCUUGAAUAGAUUUUGUAUAUUAAGAUAAAUAGUAAGAUUAAUUUCAGGCAUCAAUUAUAUUAUAAUAUACUCUUAAAUUAGAAAUUAAUGAAGAAAAAAAUGAAUUCAUUAAUAAAUUUUAAAUUGAAUAUUGAGAAUUUUUAUUUUCAGUUGUGAAUUAUAAAACGGCGAUUCUCUUGUACUUGUAAAAUUUAGCAAAACUGUAUGUUUUAUUAUAAAUAGUUAGGUUAAUGAUUUAUUUCAUUUAGAUAAUAAUAACAAUGAUUACAACUACAA